UACUGCUUCAUUCUUCAUUUUCCUACUGAAUAUUCAGACGUUUGUAUAACUUUCAGAAAAAGAAGAUUGAACAUGAAAAUGUUUCUGUUAUUUUCAUCUAGAUAAAACAGAUCUCUGCUGUGACGACAGAUUGAGAAGAUGGCAAUGAUGGUGUUUUUGGUGGCUCUUCUCCCGUUUUUACUGGUGAGCGGAUGCAGUCAGGAUGAAGACAUGCUGGUUGACUGUUCUGACGUCUAUAAAUCAGGACAAACAGUCAGUGGGAUUUACUCCAUCUAUCCAGCAGGUGAUUUUCCUGUCUGGGUUUACUGUCAGAUGAUCUCAGAUGGGAAAGAUGAAGAUAAAGGACAAUGGACGGUGAUUCAGAGGAGAAUGGACGGCAGUGUGAAUUUCUAUCGGCCGUGGAAUCAGUACAAGAGAGGAUUUGGGAAUGUGGAGGGUGAAUACUGGCUGGGGCUGGAGAACAUGUACCAGCUGACACGUAAGAACAAGUACAUGCUGAGAGUGGAUCUGGAGGACUUUGAAGGAAAUAAAGUUUUCGCUCUGUACUCGUCCUUCUCUGUGGAUUGUGAAACUGAUGGGUAUACACUGCAUGUUUCAGGAUUCACUGAUGGAGGAGCUGGUGACUCUUUAUCUGGCCAUAAUGGAUUCAAGUUCUCCACCUUUGAUAAGGACCAAGAUGUCUAUGAACAUAACUGUGCAAAAACGUUUCUUGGGGCAUUUUGGUACUCAAACUGUCACAACACAAACCCCAAUGGUGUGUAUUUAUGGGGUGACGAUCCCACUUAUUACGCUAUUGGAAAUGUUUGGUCAGCAUGGAAGAAUUACAAUGUUGGUAUGAAAUCCAUCAGCAUGAAGAUCAAACCUGUGUUUUAGAAACAUUACAGUGGUUUUCAGAAAUAAGCAACAAAAUCAAUUUCAUGUUAACUGUGUAACUCAGUGAAUCAUGUGGGAAUAUCACAAAUAUCCUAAACUUAUGCCUGAUUGUUCUUCUUUGUUUUGGGUCACUUCUUUGGUCAUUUAUACUUUUGAAUAAUGAAGUAAAGCAAGAAAGGAGUGUUUGGCUUCUGAGUUACUCACACAUUGCAUAUAUACAGCGAUGAAUGAGCUUUGUACCACAAAGAAAAACUUUAUCUGUGUGUUUGGAAGAGCGUGUGUAAAUCACAGACUGUGUUAUGGUGCA